AUGUCCACAGAACCCCCCCUCCCAACCCGCGACCCAAAAACCGUCCUCGCCUCCCUCCUCACCCUCACAGAAACCCGCAUCGUGCCCCUAACAGCCCGCGGCGUCUCCUCCGGCUCAAAGCUCUUCGGCGCCGCCAUCCUCUCCUCCGACGACGCCCUCACCCCCUACACAGUCUCCACAAACGACGAACGCACCUCCCCCCUCCUCCACGGCGAAAUAAACUGCAUCCAAACCUUCUUCACGCGCGACUUCCCCGACCCCUCCACCCGCCCCUCCCCGCGCACCGACUGCGUCUUCUUCGCAACCCACGAGCCCUGCUCCCUCUGUUUGUCGGGCAUCGCCUGGUCCGGCUUCCGGGAGGUGUAUUACCUCUUCACGUACGAGGACAGCCGCGACCUGUUUGCGAUCCCGCACGAUAUCAAUAUCUUGCAGCAGGUCUUUCGCGUGCCGGCCGAGGGGGAGGACGAGAGUGCGCUGGGGAGACGGGAGCUGUACAACCGGACUAACCAGUUCUUCACGGCGCGGAGUUUGGGGGCGUUGGUGGAGGAGAUCAAGGAUGAGGGAGAGAGGGCUCAUUGGCAGGAGGAGAUGGAGCGCGUUAAAGGGUUGUACAACGCGUUGAGCGAGACGUAUCAGGAGGGGAAGAAGGCUGGGGCCGAGAGUUCGAGCGUGUGGAAGUAG